GGAAGCAAAGAACAAGCUCUUCAAUCAGACAUCCCUGUAGUGAUCGACAGAGAAAGACUAACUAGAUCGAUAUCUAAGUUCAUUAAGUCACACAGCGACACCAUGGUUCAAUGUUUCCUGAUUCAUACCGUUAACCCGGUAAGCACUCUGGCGCCCGGGGAGAGCCGCGUGCUGUACUCCCGUGUGUUUGGACCGGAGGAGGGCGCGCUGACCGGGGCGGACAGUGAACUGGGACCGGAACAGAGGCGGCUUCUGCAAAAUGAGAAGGUAGCGGUGGUGGCGAGGCAGGUGCGUAGUGCGGUGACCCUGUCUCGUGAGGCCUCAGGCCGGGUGUUGGUCGAGACCGUACUGGGAGAGGAGCUGGUGGCUCUCCAAGAGGCUGACAGCGGGGUGCAGCGGCUGGGGAGGGGAGAGCCCUGGGCUGGGGAGAGGAGUGCUCUGUGGCUGGGGGUCCAGAGCCUAGCCUUCACCCUGGUCACUGAGCCCCAUGAGAACCUGCUUCUGGCUGAGGGGACCCUGAAGAACAUCACCAGACACUGUCUGGAACAUCUACGCAUGCUGGGGACGGGGAGCGAGGUCCUGUUGAAGAGUGACCGUAUCGAUGUCCUGCUCCACCGUCUAUUACCACACGGUCAACUGCUGUUCCUCAACCAUCGCUUCACCCAGAGUCUGGAGAAGGAGCUGGCUAAUUACAUGGCCCAAUGAGAGAGAAGGAGAGGAUGGCAUAUUAUGCCUAAAAGAAGGUCUGAAACAGCAAGAUGCCAUCUAAACUUUAAAGAAAAUAAAAAAUAGCUUGUUUUGAUUUAAUGUUGAAAACAUUUUUAUUACGCCGCUCUCUAAUGAACACUACCCUUGGAUAGCCUUGGAGAAUACAUGAACCUUCCUCUUCUCUUCCUUGGGAUACCACGGGCUAACAGGAAGUGGGUUGAUACCACGGGCUAACAGGAAGUGGGUUGAUACCACGGGCUAACAGGAAGUGGGUUGAUACCACGGGCUAACAGGAAGUGGGUUGAUACCACGGGCAAACAGGAAGUGGGUUGAUACCACGGGCUAACAGGAAGUGGGUUGAUACCACGGGCAAACAGGAAGUGGGUUGAUACCACGGGCAAACAGGAAGUGGGUUGAUACCACGGGCUAAAAGGACGUGGGUUGAUACCACGGGCUAACAGGAAGUGGGUUGAUACCACGGGAUAACAGGAAGUGUGUUGACCUGAGGUGUCCAGAACAGAAAGACACAACUAUCCAUCACACAGAGACUGUUAUUGUCACAAAGCUGCCUGAAGAGUCUGUCUGUCUGAACUGUCUGUCUGAACUGUCUGUCUGAACUGUCUGUCCUGUCU